CGCACAUUGGUAUUGUUGCAUUGGGAUUGUUGUCUCCGUAUUGCUGACGUAUGGCAGGCCUACGGCAGCAUCAUAGUCUACUGUUGCGGCAGGUGUUUGCAAACGUUGCCAAGCAGUACUUGCAUCAAGUGGAUAAAGCGAACAGUGUCUCAACCAAAGACUUGUAUUCUCGGCUAACAAGUUUACACAGGCGCCCCUUCACCUCAUUCCAGAAAGAGCUGCCAGGAGACUCGACCUCACAGGCUUCUUAUUUGAGGGAGCUCAAUAGGCGAGGAGACUCUGAGGCUGUCGUGCGCAUCUUUGAGAGCGGCCAGGCUGCCAGCAAUGAGGCAACUUUGGGAGAGUAUGUCAAGGCUCUGGUAGCUGUUGACCGCCUCGACACCUCCUCUCUCAUACGCACCCUGCAGAGGGGGGCGCAGGCAGGCAAUGACUCAGCGCGGAUGCGAGCCGGAGAUGCGCCGUUGUACGGUGCGGCAGGCGGAGGCCAGGUGGGCGCUGCUGGGCUGAUUACCAGAGCUGGGGCGGCCAGCGUGCAGGGGGAACUGGGCAGCGUCAAGAACCCUGUGUACAUGAUGCAGGCGGAGCCGACGUUCCGGGCGCAGCUGUGGCGCACGCUGCGGACGCUGGCGGUGGCGUUCCUGGUGCUGAGCGGCGUGGGGGCCCUGGUGGAGGAGCGCGGCCUGACCAAAGGCAUCCUCAACAACCCGGACAUGCGGCCCCAGCUCGAGACCAAGACCAAAUUCGCCGACGUCAAGGGCGUCGACGAGGCCAAGGCGGAGCUGGAGGAGGUGGUGCACUACCUGAGGGAUCCCCACAAAUUCACCUCGCUGGGAGGCAAGCUGCCCAAGGGCGUGCUGCUCGUCGGGCCGCCCGGCACCGGCAAGACGAUGCUCGCACGCGCGAUUGCUGGCGAGGCGGGCGUGCCGUUCUUCUACUGCUCGGGGAGCGAGUUUGAGGAGAUGUUUGUGGGCGUCGGCGCGCGGCGCGUGCGCGAGCUGUUCAGCGCGGCGAAGAAGCACUCUCCCUGCAUCGUGUUCAUCGAUGAGAUCGACGCCAUCGGCGGCCAGCGCUCCGCCAAGGACCAGCAGUACAUGAAGAUGACCCUCAACCAGCUCCUGGUGGAGCUUGACGGGUUCAAGCCCAGCGAGGGGGUGAUUGUGGUGGCGGCGACCAACUUCCCGGAGUCGCUUGAUCAGGCGCUGAUUCGGCCGGGCCGUUUUGACCGCCACGUCACGGUGCCCAACCCGGACGUUGAGGGCCGCCGCCAGAUCCUGGAGUCCCACUUCAGAAACGUGCCCCGCGCCACAGACGUGGACCUCAGGGUCAUUGCGCGUGGGACGCCCGGCUUCAGCGGUGCUGAUCUGGCCAACCUCAUAAACAUCGGAGCUCUCAAGUCUGCGCGGGACGGCCUCUUAGCGGUUAACAUGGCGGCGCUGGAGUACGCGAAGGACCGCAUAGUGAUGGGCGCGGAGCGCAAGAGCGCGGUGAUCAGCGAGAAGAACCGGCGGCUGACGGCGUACCACGAGGGCGGCCACGCGCUUGUGGCAAUGCUGACAGAGGGCGCCCAUCCCGUCCACAAGGCCACCAUCGUGCCCCGAGGCAUGUCGCUGGGGAUGGUGAUGCAGCUACCGGAGGAGGCUGAUGAGACAAGCGUGAGCAAGCGUCAGCUGCUGGCCAAGCUGGAUGUGUGUAUGGGCGGCCGCGUCGCCGAGGAGCUCAUCUUUGGCGAGUCAGACGUCACCACCGGCGCCUCCUCCGACCUUGAACAGGCGACAAAGCUGGCAAGGGCCAUGGUGACAAAGUACGGCAUGAGCUCCGUGCUGGGGCCCACCUCAAUCGCUUAUGAGGACAACGGGCGCAGCCUGUCUUCUGAGACACGCGCAGCUGUCGAGCAUGAGGUGAAAGAGCUGGUGAAGAAUGCGUACUCGCGAGCGCGCACCAUUCUGAUGCAGCACGAGAAGGACCUGCACAAGCUGGCCAAGGAGCUCCUGGACAAGGAGACACUGAGUGGGGAGCAGAUCCGCACCCUACUCAAGAUCACCAGCAGCAGCGGCAGCCAGACAGCAGUCGGCUCCAGCUGACAGCACUGAUGCACAUGUGAGGUCAGCAGGACAGGUCGCUCCAGAAGUCAGGUCAAGUCAGCACAGGUGCUGUCUGGCAGAUUCAGUCUCCUCGGAUGCAGUGUGUCUUGCAUGUAAAAUUUGGUUCAAUGGUGUGUGAUGUGUGGCGUGUUGGGUUUGACACUGCGAUUCAACAUAAAAAUCUUGUGGCUGUGAGAUAUCUGCUGCUGCGCAUUUCUAAGCAGAAACUAUCGUCGUUAAUAAUCACUGGUGGUCUGGUGGUUCCUUGGAUAAUAUGCUCGCUGUUGCCUGUUGGGUUUGCAGAAGUACCAUCAUGACAGGGAAUGCUAGCGUUGUUUUGAUAGUGAUAGAUCGAAGUGAUGUUGUCAUCGUGAGCACUUCUGUGUCCCAUAUUACCUUUGAUACAAUUGC